UCUCACCUUGCAUGAACAAUUGAAACAACCUCUACUUUAAUACCUACCGCCGCCCACCCCCCGUUCCGUUUCUCGUUGCGCCUCGCCCACCCUACAUAAUCGGUUCCGCAGUCCAUCAUCCAUCGACCCACCCACACACACGCAUCCAUUUCCCCCCGUCGCUGUCGUGUUAGCCCGCUCGCGCAGCCUUGAACGACAUUCCUACAUCUGCGCCGCCGCGAUCACGUAGUAUCACAGCACCCAGCGCUCCCGCACGAGGAGGGUGUGUGUGUGUGUUUCCUCAUCGCGGAACUCUAGACCUCAAAUGGCGUGGACGAUAUGGACAACAGUGGCAGUCACGGUUUCGCUCGCGAGCGCGCUUACUGCCCCAACGCUGGUGUCGCAACCAAUAUUCGAUCUCGAUGACUUAGGGCGGGUGGGACUGGCGGGAAAUUUCGAUGGGAUUUCGCUCUAUGAAUACACGGGACAGACGCAGUCGGCGCCCUUCACCAACGGGAGUCAGAGCUUGCUGACGCAGUUGCCGAAUGGACUGUUUUCGUCGCUGGGACUGGCGGACGAGGCCAUCAAUGCGAUGUGUGUCUACGAGUUGAGCGAUGGGACGCAGAGGGGUGUGGUGGUGGGAGGGAAUUUCACGAGUCUGGGAGGCAUCGAGGCUAAGGGAAUCGCGCUUUACAACCCGGACGACGACAGCAUCACGACUUUGGGGGAUUUCCAGGGUCGGGUCAGUGCGCUGCUGUGCGACAAGGGCACGAGUAGGGUGUAUGUGGGGGGAAUGUUCAGCAUGAACCAGUCGGAGAAUGCUGCUGCUUGGGAGGAUGGCGAAUGGAAGAAUCUGCCGUUCGAGGGCUUCACCGGCCCUGUCAACACCGUCACCAGGUCCAACAACAACACCAUCCUCUUCGGCGGGAACUUUGACGGACUGAGGAAUUUCUCGGCACCCACGAUCAGGGACGCCCAGACGCUCAACAUCGUGUCUGCGGAGAUUACUGCGGAGCAGACAUCCGACUUGGCUGGCUUCAACGACCCCGCCGCCAUCACCUGCACCAACGGCACCGAAACGCAGUGGCUGGUGCGCGAUGGACAGAGGGGAUCGUGGACUGCUGCCUUCCGCUUCGAGUUCUUCCCCACGAAGCUGCGGCUCAUAAACUCGGACUUUGAGGACCGGAGCACCGAGACCUUCAGGUUGACGGCGUUCCCUCUCGGAGGAAUCAUGAAUCUCACCUACACGGAUUCGACUGGAAACGAGCAGCACUGUGCUGAGACGUGCCCCUUGGCUGCGAUCGAUGAGGCUCAGGACUUUGAAUUCAUUGAUGUCGUUGGGAUGAAGUCCUUCCGCAUCGAUAUCCUGUCCCACCGUGGUGCCGGCGGAGGACUUUCGAGUGUCCAGCUUUUCCAGGACAACAUCUUCACCUUUGCGAUUCCUGAACUGAACGAACCGUCGUGUACCGCGGCGGACGUCCCUCGAUCGGCCUCAAUCGCUUCCGGUGCCUGGUUCGAGACCGAGAUGAGUGCUGUUGGAAGUUCCAAUUACCUUUCCGUCGACGUUGAUGCAUCGACCAUCCCAUCGACAUCGGUCGUCUUCGAGCCUCACAUCGAGCAGAGUGGCAGGUACCAGAUCCUCAUCUUCACCCCCGGGUGUGUCCAGGACGGUUCGUGCGCUACCCGUGGAAGGACCAGUGCCACUGGUACCGUCACCUCGAAUGGAAAUACGGUCAACCUGCAGUUCGCUCAAACCAACGAUUUCGACAAGUACGACGUUGCUUACGAAGGCGACGUUGAUGUCGCGAGCGGUUCAUUCCGACCCCGCAUCACCCUUGCUCCCACCCCGAAUCAGCCUGCCGAUACCGUUCGGAUUGUCGCCCAGAGAGUGCAGUUCAAACUGAUCAGCGAGAACAAGCAAGGCGAGACCCCCAGCGGGACCAGCACAGGAUCCUCCGGGUUGAACGGCAUCUACGAGUACGAUCCCCAGGCCACCGGCACGACAGACCCUGCCGAUUCGCGCAUCAACGCUGCCGGUCUGAGGUUGAACGAUAACGCCUCCAUCGCUACGAUCGUCGUCAAGGGCGAUUUUACGUAUGUCGGUGGCAAUCUGACGACCGGUGACUUCCAGCACUUCUUCAUCAUCGACAAGAACAACGACGCUUUGCCCUCGGUUCCCGAAGGCGGCCUCGACGAUGCGGUCAACAUUAUGCAUGCAUCGGGAGAUUUGAUUUACGUUGGAGGGGCCUUCUCUGGGACCAGGGACGACACCAUCAAGGGUGUGACUGGUAUCGGUGCAUACGAUACUGCGCAGAACUCUUGGGUGGCGCUCGGCGCGGGUGUCAACGGCGUCGUCAGUGACAUCGUCCCGAUCAGCCUCAACCUUACGUCGGGAGUCGAAGAGUGCAUUGCCAUUAGCGGUGACUUUUCGGCCGUUCGACCUGACACCGAUGCUGCGAAUGCGGUGGAAGUGGAGGGUUUCGCCGUCUGGAUUCCGUCGACGAAGCAGUGGCUCGAAGCCACGGAUGGGGUCAUCUCGCUUUCCGGUAUUCUGUCGGCCGUUGUCACGGCGGAUAACAUCCCUAUCUACGCCGGUUCCAUGGCAUCAAACACCAUGGUCUCGUCGGGAGCGGUUUAUCUUUUGGACUCGGACGUCAGCAGGAACACGCUUGCGCCGUCUGCCCUCGAGAUGGUGACGACCCGGGACACCGCUUCGAGAAAGCGCGAUGUGUCUCCGCAAAACGUUACCGGUGUCGUUACCGGCUUGUUCUAUGUCGAUAAUGGUAAGAAUUUGACUAUCCUCGGAGGCAACUUUGAGGCCCAGGGACAGAACGACACCACUAUCCGUAACCUCGCCAUUAUCGAUGGAAACAACAACGACGCGGUGGACGGUGCUACCGACGAGUUCGCUUCCGGAAGCACAAUCCUGGCCAUGCAGGUGUUGGACAAGUUGUUGUUUGUUGGCGGAUCCCUUGAAGGUACCACUAACGGCACCAUCGGGGGCAUUGCGAUCUGGGACUUGGAUCAGAUGGCAUUGGCCGCUACUCAGCCUCAGCCCCUGAACGGAGACAAUGUGACGGUGCUCGACAUCACGAGGCGUCCGGAUACUAAUGAUAUCUAUGUGGCCGGUGAAUUCGCCACUGCCGGAUCAUUGGACUGUGCCAAUCUCUGCAUCUACCAGAAUGAUGCGCAACGAUGGGUGGAUGCCUCGCCAGAAGUCCCGGGUCGGAUCAAUACCAUGCGCUGGGUCGACCAGGACCAUCUGCUCGUUGCCGGUGACAUGAAUCUGAACGGCACCGCCAUGUAUCUCGCUCUGUACGACACACAGCUUGGAAUCUACAAGGCCGUCGAUGCCGACGCCAGCAACAUCCCCGGACCGGUGACCAGCAUUGCUGUGGACUCGGAUACUUCCGAUACGCUGUUCAUCGCUGGUACCGCUACGAAUGGGACCAGUCCGUACCUGAUGAAGCUCAAGAACAAGAAGUUUGUUGCACUGCAGGCCCAGUUUGAAGAAGACGCUACGAUUCACAACAUCCAGGUUCUGAACCUGCAGAGCAGAAGCACGCACGACGACAAUGAUUUCCUCCAGGGCGAGCACAUUCUCCUGAUCACUGGAGACCUGAAGGUGUCUGGUUUCGGCAAUGCGUCGGCCGUCACAUACGACGGAAAGGACUGGAAGCCGUUCAUGCUCACGUCGAAAUCCAACGGCGACCCCGGCACCAUCACCACAUUCUUCUCCCAGAUCGAACCCGUGUUCUCGAAGCGCAAGUCACGACUAGCUAGAGGCUACGUCAUCCUGAUCUCGCUCGCGAUCGCCCUGGCACUCGUAUUCCUCCUGGUCGUCGGCGGCGUCAUAGCAUCGCGCAUCCGACGUGCAAGGGAGGGAUAUGUGCCCAUGCCUACAAUGUCUGGCGCCGAGAAGUCGGCCCAGAUGCAGGGACGACUACCGCCGCAGGACUUCCUGCAGGAUGUAGGUGCCGGUCGAGGCAGAGGGCCUCCUAUGAUAUAAAACAAUAAACUAAACAAACCAACGAACCGAAAGAGAAAAAAACAACACCGACCCAUGCAAAACAAUUUAGAUCUGAUUUUACUGUUAUAGCGACCUUUUUUCUUUGCCUUU